AUGCCAGACGACUUUGGGGACUUUCACUGGAUCUGCCAGCACGCCCCACUCCCUCAAUGCAACCUCUUCUUCAACCAGCUCUGGAAUCGUGACUCAGAAUUCCUAACAACCCUCUUUCCAACCUCUUCAGACUUUUACAACCAAUACGAUGUCGAUGUGCAAAGCUCGCGAGAUGAUGCCAACGUCAUGACUGCGAGGAGGGAUUCAGGGACAGGCUUGGGGGCAAAUUGCGAGAUACCCUGGGUCAGUCAUCGUGGAUCCAUAGGGGAUGUCGCGCUCGUCGUCCUAUCUGCGGUAGCGUUGAUCGUGACUGUUGUACUCAUCUCACUCGCAUCGAGAAGACGAGCAGCGGUUGGCAGAGUAGAAUUGAGGCUCUUGUUGGGAGGCUUUGCACUGCAUUCGGCGCUGCAGAUCAUCACCAUGUCGUCUUUGCUGGAGCAGGGGACGACCGCUCUGACCGUUCUCUCGGCUAUUCAUAUUGCUCUGAUAGUCUCUUUCUUCUGGGUCUUGUUAGGAAACGCAAUUGUAGCGACGCAAGUGGUCGAAGACGGAACGCCCGCGGCUGUCGUACCGUUAUGUGUCAUCGCUGCAUUGUUCUUUGCGCCCACACUAUAUAUCGCUCUCGACAUUGGGCUCCACUGGACAGAAACGUUUCGGAUUGAUAGUUCUGAUCCGUCAUCGCUGCGUUCCAUAACACUCUUCGUCCUCACUUUGAUAUGGCCUGCCUUCGCUGCCGUGGCAAACCUCGGUAUCAUGCUCUUUAUCGUCUCGUACAAGCUUCGAGAGGUCAAACCUGCGAUCUUCUACGUUGUCGCAUUCGCCAUGUUUGUAGGCGGCCAAGUCAUUUUCUUCCUGGCGUCACAGCCUUUGUGUGAUGCUUCAAAUCAAAAGGUUAACGGAGCGUUCCUCACGACAUUUCUCAACAUUGGUGCGAUAGGGAUGAUCUACCUCGCUUGGCUAAUGAGUGGAGCCUCAUUUGGAUGA